AUGAGAUCGCAUUCGCUUGUCAUAUUCCGGGUGCCUCCUUGGCCUCGCAAACCCUAUUUGGGGAGCAGAACACAAUCGGCGCAUGGUCAACAAUUCGAGGCGUGUUUUACUCUCAAGGAAUGUGGCUCCAAAUGCGACCGGGUGAGGCAGCUGGCAAGCUCGCACAACAAGAGGAAUGUCAGACCACCGGAACUGCUUCCCAGCGCGGUAGUACUCAUGGCCUAUAAUACCGUCCACCAAGCCUCCUCGUUUCAUCAAUCUCAGCCGCUCAUCGAGCCGCGUCGCUUAGAUAUCUGUCAAAAGUCAUCUUCCAGGAAACGCAGAUCCCCGGAUAAGGGGAUGCAGGCGUCGAAACGAUCGCGUUCCACCAAUCAACCAUCAAGGGACACCCAGGAGGAGAACGAACUAGCUUUCUCCAUUCAGUCGGCACACAAACCGAGCCUCUUCGACAGGAAUGGCGAGGAACUUUACGACAACCGUGUCCUCCGGUGUCUCGUGAUCUCGCCCGCUGGCCGCCCGAUCCACGAGUACAAGUCACGCCUGGAGCUGCUCACGGCGCUUCGCGAUGCAAUUAAGGCGCACCGGUCUCUUUACCUGGAUGGGAACAUCCUUCAUCGGGAUAUUUCAGAGAACAACAUAAUAAUAACCGAUCCAGACCAGACAAAUGGCCACUCAGGCAUGCUAAUUGAUCUGGAUCUUGCCAAGGAAGUCGGGAGCGGACGUAGUGGCGCGUGGCACCAGACUGGCACGAUGGAGUUCAUGGCGAUCGAGGUGUUGCUUAAUAUCGACCACACCUAUCGACAUGAUCUUGAGUCGUUUUUCUACGUGCUUAUCUGGCAAUGUGCCCGUCAUGGUUGGGAAAAAUUAAAUGAGCUACACGGACACGGACAGGACCCACCCAAAGACAGCAUGCUGAGAGAAUGGUAUACCGGAACUUAUAAGAAAAUUGCAAUUUAUAAACGAGGUAACAUGGAAGCUGGCGGAUUUGAGUACCUUUUGCACGAGUUUCCGCCGGAUUUUGAGCGUGUCAAGCAUCUUUGCAGGACCAUACGAGGCGUACUGUUUCCUUAUGGGAAGGAAGGACUUAUUGUUGGAACGCCGCAAGUCCCGCAGAGACUAUAUGAUCCUAUUAUUAAGGCGUAUGACGAUACAAUAGCUCUGAUUGAAACUGAAUAG